AUGGCCCCACAUGUCAGUGAUCAUGUCACUAGAAAAUUUGCAUUAGACGAUCCACUUCUGAGCGUAAAGGUCGAAGCGUUGCAGAUGACAUUGAAGAAAUACUUGCUACCAUUACUUGUCUUCGCUAGAGAAAAUUUAAAAUUUUCUCAUUUUCCUCGGUCUCCGCUCCACUCCGCCCCCUCCGCUCGCUCGAGGUCGCCGGCCCGCCCCCUCGGCUCCUCCUGCCUCCUCCGCCCCCUCGGCUACAAGCCGGUGACCCUGCUUCCUCCGCCCCCUCCGCUCCAGGCCGCCGUCCCCGCCCAAUCCGCUGCAGAUCGUCGGCGGCGCCGCGCCCUCCGCUUCUCCUCCCCGGACGCCGCUUCGGCGGAACCUCUGGACGCCUCAAAGAGUUCCAGACCACCGACACGGCCGGACCGCCAUAGAUGGCCGCCGGCGGCGCGCAGGCGCAGGCCGCGGCCGCGGUGGCGGAGCAGAUGGCAGGCGCUACACUCCACCUCCAACCUCCUCCACAUCAUGGAGGAGUCUUGCCCUGCCCAGGCUCACCUGGCAAAACUUCGCAAGAAACUGUUGGCAAAGGCAUCACUUGCUAAGAACACAGGGCAAGUCCUGCAUCAGCUACCUCAUGUGAUUUCUUCCUUGGAUGCUUAUAUGGAUGCUAGUUUUCAAAGUGCUUCUCAAAUCAAGACUGUUGUACAGCUCUUGUCAAACAUGGAGAACAACCAGCUGAGAUCUAUCUUGCCUGCCUCUCGGUUAGAGAAAGCUGAGAAGAAUACUGGGAAUGAACUUAGGGUUGAAUGAUACACUUACCAAAGGGGAUACAUUAACCAAACUGUUUUCUUCUAGAAAAGUGCUUAAGUCUGAAGGCCUGUCUAUCUGUCCCGUUUGUUGGUAAUGGAAUGUGAUUCCCCCGUUUUGAAGAAGAAAAGGCUGGC